AUGUAUUUGCCAUACGGCAUUACUCCUUUCUUUAUUUUAAUUAUCAACUCUGUUUCUGACGAGCAUUUCUCUUUUUAUACUUAUUGUUUAAUUCACCAGGGAUACAACCUGGCUUCCUGUGAUAAACUAUACAAAAAAUAACGACUUGUGCUGCACUUUUAUAUUCUACUUUGGUUGCUUAGCACGCUCUCCUUUAUUCGAUAUUCCUUAUUUUAUUUAAUUAUAAAUUGUAUUCACCACUCGCUCAUUUAAAAUUACUUGCCAGUAUAUAAAAAAUACAUUUGUACAUCCGGCAUCCACGCUACCGACUGCAGCAUUUUACAGCAGACGUAGACGCGGCAUUGCUCAACAUAUCGUCAUCCGCGUGCUUCCAUUAAGACGCAAGUUUUUCAUUUCAUUUUUUUGUCUUUCUUCAUCUCUAGUCACAUAUUUUUGUCUUUAUUUGCAAACCCUUUCAUAUUGCUUUUAACACAUAUCACCAAUGGAGCUUGACCCGCGUAUUAAAGAGUUUAGGGUUGAAUUUCCGCUUAAUAAGACGACCAGCGGCCUGAAGCCCUCGCGGACAUACCACGGCCGCAUUCUAGUCAAGGUAACCGAGCCCGUUGCAGUUAGCCAACUACAGCUGCUCUUUGAGGGCUGGGAGCACGUGGAUUUCGGCGUCAAAAUUGGCUCAUCGCGCAAACUUCUAUUUCGAUCAACAGAAAAUCUGUUGCAGACCGAUGGCAUAGUAACCGAUACUAUUGUCCGAAAUGUCGUUUUCGACUUUUCUUGUACCAUGCCCAACGUCAACUUCCCCUCGGCCAUGUGGUCCGCCAUAUGCGAAGUUGCGUACACGCUCAGUGCGACUCUUGUUGGCUCUGCGAGCUCGCCCCUGGCACGCCAAGGCAUUGCUGGCAGCGCAGGCCGCAGUAUGACACUAGCCGCUUCCUCAGUUCCUGUGCAACUGGCGCCCAAGGUGCUUCCAUCAGGCGUCGGCUGGCUCAAGCCUCUCGUACUGCGCGAUGGUAUAAUGCUGUUGGAGCCGGUUCGGCGCAGAUUCCGGCGGCAGACGGUGCAGACUGCGAUGAACAUCUAUGUGCAAGUGAAGAACCACUGCUGCACUCUGGGCGAGUCCAUCUCGGUCGAUGUCGACGCUACAAUGCUCCAGCACAACCGGGUUCUGACAUUUAUUCGCGCAUCUGUGAUCGAACAAGUCGCAUUGAAGACGCACGUGCAGGAUGCCACUGCGCUCGAGUCCAUCAACGCAUUCCUCAGCAACCAGGGCCCCGUUAACACCCCGACAGUAAUCCUGGCAGAGCGCACAUUGAACCGCAAGGUGACCGAGGUAGACCCCAGCGCAUUGAUCAACUUGCCAGCAGCCAGAACCCGGGACUCGUCCUCGAGCAGCCUGCCGUUACCAAGACUCAAUGGAGUCCAGAGCCUCCACAUUCGCGUGCCUCGCAGCGACGUAUGCACAGCGGAGGGCUUUUUCCUGAGCUUUACUCACGUCCUGCGCUUGAACUUUGGCUUGACAUCGCGCUCGAGCAGCGGCCAACUCGACACUAAACAUGUUACCAAGGAUAUCCCGCUGCGCAUUGUCACAUCAAAGUUUGGCGACGUCGGCAGCGCUUCACAGGUAGAAAUCAAUAAAAGGUUAUCGGCAUUGACCACCGAGAGCGACAGCUACGCGGUUUCGGCUGCCUACGGGUACCUGCUCAGCGAGAACUCGCGAGUUCCCAGGCCAGAGUCGCUAGAGCCGUACGCAGGAUGCAGGGGCGUGCCUGCCCCGCGUCUCGAGGCAGUUGUGUAUCCAACCGUUCAACCGUGCAUGCCAAUGCGCGAGUCAACAGAGCUCACUGAGUCUGAUGCGCCCGCGCUCACGCUCACACCCACCACGAUAACUCCAAACAUGAUCACCACGCUGCGCACGCCAGAGGUGCGCCAGAGGUCUGACAGCGGAUUCAGCAUCAACAUUAACCCGGAUCCAGUUGUCUCCAGCAGAGACAGCUGUAUCCUUCCGCUGACACCAAUACCGGCUCCUCGCACAUUAAUGGAGACACCGAUGCAGCGGCAUAUAACCAACAUGGGCUUCCAGUUCGGGCCGCUGCCACCAGUGCCACAGGAGAUCUCGGCGGAUGGACCCGCAGAUGCUGCUUCCAGCCACAGCAAACAUGACCAGCCGGACUUGACGGUUCGGAAUAUUGUGGAUGCAACGGAGCACAUCCCACUGCCAUUAUUGGUAUCUGAAGAUAAGCAGGAGCAGACACGGAAUGCCAGUUGUCCAGGUAGCCCCGCUCUGUAUACGGUGAACCGGCACAGCAUUGAAGACAGCGACGAUUCCAGGUCAUGGCACAACAGGGACACGCUGGUCGACAUUAUAUCCGCCGCCUCACCACGCAGUGGCUCGCUGCCAGCUAGCAGAAUGGCCUCGCCCAACGCUGCCAGCGGCGAUUAUGCGUUUAUUUCAACCAAGGGUUACAGGCCACAUGUCCACGGCCAAAAUAUGAGUACGGCAGCCGCCAGCCCCGAAAUUCCGUUCAUCGGCUAUCCCAGCAAAGCCAUGUCGCUCAAUGAGAAGCGGAUGGGCAGACAGACAUUCAGCGACAAGCGCGACUCCUCACGUAGUGAGGGCGAGACCGUCGUGUAUUCGCCGCGCAGCGACAAAUGCGACAUGGACGACUACCCGCUGGAUGGCAUUUCAACCAAGAGCAACUCCCCGCAGUUGAAGCUCCCAAAGCUGCCUGUGCUCCCUGCCAUCGAGUCGCUCGCCGAAUCGCUGGAUAACAUGGCAAAGGGCAUGCUGACCAUCUCCUCCCCGACCCCAGACAAGUACGGGUUCUCGUCGUAUUGGAAUGCUUGAAGCUGACGUUUUUGUCGUCUGCAUGCUGCUUAGCGCCCGUCGGCUGUCGCCCGUACACUUCACUUAUUUGUUUAGUUUUCAUUGCAUUACCCCCUUUAUAUAACUUCAAUCUCAUCACUUUUUAUACCUCGG